AUGCCUUCGGCUUUGAAACAUUUGUCCAUUCUAGCUUUUGCCUCCGAUCUCUCCAAACGCCUACCCAAAGAUAAGGAUGAUACUGAGGUUGCAGCCUCGCUACUCUCCGAGGUCCAGACGCAGAUGCAGUCAAUAGGGAGGUACGCCGACAAGAUGAAUCAUGGUAUGACAGGCGACGAAGACUUGGAGCGGGAGGGCACCAACCUCUGGAACCUGUGCACACGACUGAACCGAGCCUUCACGGACAAGGGACAGAAGACGUCUCCGGCCUUUAGACUAGUCCUCGCAGGUCGAGUACUCGCCUACCAGAUACUUCACCUUUGUCAAUGGUCUUCGAAGAACACUGCGCACAUUACCACCCACCUCAUGAGGAUAGCAUUGAAGGCGGCAAAGUGCUGUACCGGUUCGUUCAUUCUGCAAAGGGCUGCUGAUUAUCACGACCAUCUGAAGCAGCUGGCUCAGGUGCCAGGACAGGACCACGAUGACGAGAGUACACGCCUGGAAGCAGAAUGGACAGCCAUGAGGAUCGUUCUGGCAUUUCAGGACAAUCAGCUGGUAGUCGCCGAGCACACUUUCACGAAUGUGGAGAGCCUUUUGAAGCGAGUACGCCCCCAGUCUGCGGAGAAGAUCCUCGACAGCCUCUUCCAAGUCGGCAAGGGCCUACUCAUCAAGCACGACUAUCCCAUGGCGGAGAAGUGGCUGCAGCGUGCAUGGGAUUUGAUUAACGCCCAGCCACUGCCGGACAUAUCCCGAGACGCGAUCGAGUUGCGUAUGGCAAUACUACAAGGACUCGUCACAGCUCUAAUAGGCCUGCAAACAGGUGAAAGCAUUGAGAGGGCAGCAGAGAUCUUUGACGGCGACGCUUAUGGUAGUAUCAUUCGGCGAAUGAUACGAAGCUUCCGACCAAACGACACAAGUUUCAAACUACUCUGUCAUCACAUUCACGUUCUUCACACGAAAUGCCCCGGCAUUGGAUAUUCCGUCAUCGACGACUUCCUGACUUCGCUGGUGCAGACUUGCAACCAGGAGUGGAUCGAUGCGGUGGUUGUUAAACGCAUAGAUAUGGCCACCAGAUAUCGGGACAUUGAGGGAACUGUGGAUGAAGCCCACAAAUCCCUCUCGAGACUAAUGGGGAAACCCUUGGGCAGUGAGGCUAGUUUCGCGGCGCAGACUUUGAUUUGGAAGAAGGUCAACUCUAAUUUCAAUCAAGCGCAAUACCACAUGGCAGAUAAGUGGUGCCUGCUCGGCCUCCGUGAUGAGUUCGCCAACUCAGGACCUACAAACAAGGCGAAGCUGGAGAGAUCAAUAUUCUUCUCCAUGCCCCAAGAAACCCAAAAAGAGCCCAUGACCCAAUAUCUAUUAUACCGGGUGGCGAUCCGGAGCGGCUACAUUGAGAUGGCUUCCCAGUGCCUGAACAAUGUCGCAGAGUCGGACAUUGGGUUCGAAUUUCUCUAUGCCUGUGUGGCUGACUCACAACGCGUUGGAGAGAAGGUGACCAUCGUUCAGGCUAUGAAAAAGCUGGCUGAAACGUACGACUACGAACGGCCUGAGAGAGUGCAUCUGCCAGCCCUUCGCCGCUGUACAAUAAUGCUCUUGCAUGGGCUUCUCGGAAGCGACGAGAAGGUAGACAAGGAUGGUGUUGUGAUGGAUCUGUGCAGCAUGUUUGAAGAUGUCGCCACCGCUGUUCAGAAAGAGCCAAAAGGUGUGGAUGGGGCUAAGCUUUUUGAUAUUAGAGAGUUGGAAUGGUUCUGUCAGAACGCAUAUAACUUGGGCCUGCAGCAUGCCAGUGACUGGAACCUCAGGAAUGUCGUGAGGAUGCUGACGGCCUGUGUGGAACUAGCCAGUCACUUUCCAGACGACAUCGCAGCAGAGAUGGCCAGUGACCUGUCUCUGAGGUCGAUCUUUUGCAAUUUUCUGAUUGCUUCGGCACUCGUGGCUCUGGCUCGAGCGGGGGAUAAUGUGGAGCAGCAGCUCCAAGACUACCUCGUCGCACGAAGGCACAUCGCGGUUGCGGAUCAUCAGAUCGAGAUGCGCCUUCAAGACGAGAACAUCGAUGAGAUCUCAGCCGCGGACCUGAAAGCCAGACUGGCACAACUGCUAGCUUUCGACUUUGAGGCAGCCGUGGAGCUGAAGCGGUAUUCGGAGCUGAGCGAGAUCGUGUUAAAGGCAAAUCAAUGUCAUAAGGUGGAACCGUUCAAGGCAAUGGCAGAUUGUGCGCUUCGAAACAAUCUGCCUGCUGAAGAACUUUUCAGCGUGUUGCGCAAAAUUAUCAAUCAGAUUGCGGAGCUCAGCGAUUCGGACUCCAUCAAGCUCGCCAAAUAUACGCGAUGCCUCUUCCAAGUGACCCUCCCCCUCGACGAAGAGCUCGGCAGUCGGCUCCUCAACGAGACCCACACCAUGGUUAAAGAUGCUUAUAGGGUGAGUGAAUCAGACUCCAAGAUUAUGACUACGCAUAGCUGA